AUGGUUCGCAUCGCAAGCACAACGGCUGUCGCUAGUCUGCUGGUAACUCAGUGUCUCCUAGUGACGGCCCGAGACUCAAAUGUAAAGGAAGUAGUUGUGGAGGGCACGACCUUUGCCCUCAACGGCGACAAUGUCUCGUACCGUUUUCAUGUGGACAAUAGCACCGGCGAUCUGGUGUCCGACCACUUUGGCGGCAGCGUAACCGGUGCGAUCCCCAUGGAGGCAAUGGGCGAGGUGAAUGGCUGGGUUGGGGAGCAAGGCCGUGUGCGGCGCGAGUUCCCCGACCAAGGCCGAGGGGACUUUCGCAUUCCUGCGAUCCGCGUGCGUCAGUCUGAAGGAUACACAGUGUCAGACUUACAGUAUCAAUCCUACUCGGUGGUCCAUGGGAAACCCGCUUUACCCGGCUUGCCGGCGACUAUGGGAACCGAAGACGACGUCACUACCUUGUUGAUUCAUCUUCAUGACAACUACAGCGCAGUGUCUGCGGAAUUGUCGUACUCGAUUUUUCCUCGAUACGAUGCCAUUGUGCGCAGCGCCAAUGUGACGAACAAGGGCAAAGGCAAUAUCACAAUUGAGACACUCGCGAGUAUGAGUGUGGAUUUCCCCUAUGAGAACUUGGAUAUGAUUAGCCUGAGAGGCGACUGGGCAAGAGAGGCACACCGCGAGAGGAGGAAGGUCGAGUACGGGACCCAGAGUUUUGGGAGUUCUACGGGCUACUCGUCUCACCUGCACAACCCCUUCCUUGCACUGGUGGAUCCCUCCACCACCGAGUCGCAGGGCGAAGCAUGGGGUUUCUCGCUCAUUUACUCGGGUUCAUUCUCUGUCGAGGUCGAAAAAGGCUCUCAGGGGCUCACGCGCGCGCUGCUGGGCUUCAACCCCAGCCAGCUGUCAUGGCCUCUGGGUCCUGGUGAGACUUUAACAUCACCGGAGUGCGUUGCAGUCUAUUCGAAAGACGGCAUUGGUGGAGUUUCACGGUCUUUGCACCGUUUAUAUCGCAACCACUUGAUAAAAAGCAAGUUCGCAACCAAGAACCGUCCGGUGCUUCUGAACAGCUGGGAGGGUCUCAGUUUCGAUUACAACCAGAGCACCAUCCAAAACUUGGCCCAGGAAUCGGCGGACCUGGGAACUAAAUUGUUCGUUCUGGAUGACGGCUGGUUCGGCGACAAGUAUCCACGCACCUCCGACACGGCUGGCCUGGGCGACUGGGUACCGAACCCCAGGCGGUUCCCGCAUGGUCUGAGGAGCGCGGUGAACAGCAUCACGAAUCUCAAAGUUGCCAACUCGUCCACCAACAUGCGUUUCGGUAUCUGGGUCGAGCCUGAGAUGGUCAACCCCAACUCAAGCCUGUACCAUGAGCACCCGGACUGGGCUUUGCACGCGGGGUCGUACCCGCGCACGGAGAGACGGAACCAGCUCGUUUUGAAUUUGGCACUGCUCGAGGUGCAGGAUUUCAUCAUUAGCUCUGUGUCCGACAUUCUGAAGAGUGCCAAAAUCUCCUAUGUCAAAUGGGACAACAACCGAGGGAUCCACGAGAUGCCUUCUCCGGCCACAGAACACGCCUACCAGCUGGGACUGUACCGCGUCUUCAACAACCUGACCACGCAAUUCCCCGAUGUUCUCUGGGAAGGUUGCGCUUCUGGAGGCGGGCGAUUUGACGCAGGCGUGCUGCAGUUUUUCCCGCAGAUCUGGACCUCAGACGACACUGACGCCGUCGAGCGCAUCUCCAUACAGCUCGGCACCUCGUUGGCCUACCCGCCCAGCGCUAUGGGGGCGCAUCUCUCGACAGUGCCAAACCAACAGACUGGGCGGACUGUGCCCAUCUCAUUCCGCGCACAUGUCGCCAUGAUGGGUGGGUCGUUUGGCUUAGAGCUGGACCCGGCCACCGUUCCCAAGGAAGACAAAGCUGCUCUGCCGGGCCUCAUUGCUCUUGCGGAACGGGUCAACCCCAUUGUUCUGACCGGCGACAUGUACCGUCUUCGCUUGCCCGAGGACUCCAGCUGGCCGGCAGCUCUGUUUGUUUCUGAAGAGGGCAAAAAGGCUGUAUUGUUUGCCUUCCAGACUAGGCCUAAUGUGAACCAUGCUUUGCCGUGGGUCCGACUGCAGGGACUGGAGCCACAGGCUCUGUAUAGGGUUGACCAAAAUGGAACAUAUUCGGGGGCAACCUUGAUGAAUAUUGGGCUGCAGUUUACCUUUGACUCGGAUUAUGGCAGCCGGGUGGUUUUCUUGGAGAGACAGUGA